AUGGUCGUCGUUCUCCUGCUCCUCUCCCUCGUUUCCCUCGCCUCCCCCUCACAGUCGCAGAAGUACCCUGCUGUUCAGAUCCUCCACCCUUGCGAGGGUCAGGUCAUCAGCGCUGCAUGGCAGGACGUUCUGAUCGCAAGCAUCCAGCACUUUGACGUUCCCAAGGAUGGGACUGUAGCUGUCUACAUCGACAACCAACUUGCCGCAAGACUGCGCGAGCGGCCGACCAGCCUUGGCUUGCCAGUGCUGCCAGAAGGAGAGCACGAGAUCGCCGUGUCGCUGCAGGACGAGAGCCAGGAUGUUGUCACGGAGACGGUAGUCACGGUGGUGUACGCUAGCAGGAUCAAACCUCCUCCUCUCUGGAACUUUGCGGGAGGAUUUCCUGAGCUGCCGACCAUGUCAGCAGCACAGGAAGUGAGAGGAGGAGAGGAGCUCACAGUAAUCUGGACGUGUCCUGACUGGGAGGUCGACUGGAUCUCUGAGAUUCUUGACGGAGCUGGUCUUGCCUUCAAGCUCGUGUACGACAAGACGUUCAGCAUCCUUGUAAACAACUCCCUGCUCGCUGUCAGCCAGAACGACGAGAGGAACAGGAGCCCCGACGUGCUCGCCAGCUACCUGCUGGAGGUAAGGAGGAGGGGUCUGCGGAUCGGGGUCUUGCACAUGAGCGAUGAGGAUUAUUCCGCCUCCUCCUACUUCUACCCUUGGGUCCACUACGUCAUGAGAAAUCACCUGCAGGAGGAGCUCGCCCGACUGCCCCACACGCUCGCGAUCCCCCUGGGGUAUAAGAAAGGAUACUGGGAGGAUGGGAGCCUGUACUCGAACCUCACUGCGAGGUACGCGUUCGUGGAUCAGCUUGACGACCAAGGGGAGGAAGGGAAGGGCGGGAGCAGGGGCAGGAAGUUUGUAUGGAACUUCGUGGGUCAAACACACGACAAGCCCACCAGGGAGUCGAUGAUGCGAGCGGCGAGGAGAGUUGAGGGAGGAUACUGGAAGCUGACCAGCUACUGGAACGAUCCGUCCGGCCUUAGCACGAGACAGUUCAGGCAGCUCCUCUCCUCCUCCACCUUCACCCUCUGCCCCCGCGGCUUCGUGCAUCCUGAAUCUUUCCGGCUGUCCGAGGCGCUGGAGAGCGGGAGCAUCCCGGUUGUGGAGGAGGAUGCGUACUUCGCGGGGCUGCUCGGGGACGACCACCCCCUCGUUAUGCUGCCUCCUCCUACAAACUGCUCCGUCCCCAGGACGACGAGGUACCACCCCCCACCUCACCCCCGCCCCGACUGCGCAGACGUCUGGUCGGGGGUGGACGAGAGGCUGCGGUCGCUGCUCGAAGAUGCUCCUGCGCUGCGGGAGAAGGUGAAGACCUGGUGGAGGAGGAUGAAGGAAACGUUGAAGAAGCGCGUGCGAUCGCUCGUGCUGACCGGCCUGCCUUCCCUCUCCGAGCCCGACGUGCAGGAGCGAGAGAGAGGGAGGCGCGGAGGGAGGGAGGAAGUAGAAGAUGUGGAAGGGUACGAGGAGGAGAUAGGAGGGGGGAAGGAGGAAGAGGAGGAGGAGCAGGAUGGGGGGCUGGAUUCUCGUGCUUCUUCCUCUUCCUCCUCAAGAGCAGAGCAGGUAUGUGGGCAUCACGACUUGGCAUGCAGAGCUCGAUGGCGAUACGAGGAGAACCACAUCCUGACUGACAACAUUCUCGAAGCUCGCAGGAAAAUGAAAGAGCUCUUCCCCGACGGUUGCGCUCCCUCCUCUCCCUCUCCCGCCGCCCUUGACGCCACGGCAGGUUCAGAGCCUGCUUCCGACCAGCAGGCACCCGACUGGUCGAUCGGGGAGGAGGAGGAGGAGAGAGCUUCCUUCGGCUUGUAUCCUCAUGGCUGCCGGGACGACUGCGACUGCCCUGGGGCGUCCGCGUGCGUUGACGGCGCCUGCGACCGGCACACAAGAGGAGCGUGCGAGAGCGGCAGGAGCUCCUUCAUGGACGAGACCUUUGACGCCAUUCUCGUGGUCAACAUGAACGACACGGAGGUCGACCGAGCACGAUGGGAGGAAGCACAGGCCCAGCUGAAGAAGUUCUCAGUUCGAGGAACACGAUUCCCAGGGGUCGAGGGCGCCAAGUUUGGCUCGAGAGACAUGCAGCUGGAGGGUCUGCUGAACGACGGGACCGUGUCCCCUCUUCAUGACUCUCUCGUAAUGGACGAGAAACGAUCGGUGUUGGGAUGCGCACUAGUGCACUUGGAGAUCUACCAGCACAUCCUCACCAGCGGCUAUCGCUGGGCCCUCAUCCUGGAGGACGACUUCCUCCUUCCUCCUCACUUUCCUCGCCUCCUCGAGCUCUACUGGCGACAUGCUCCCUCGUACCUCGACACCGACGUCCUCUACCUUGGCGCUGGCUCCAACCGCAAGGGGCCGCGCAGCUGGAUCAAUCGCUUCCUCUUCCGCCCGCAGCAGACGGUUGGCACUCACGCCUACGCAGUCACCUCCCAUGGAGCAGAGAAGCUGUUGUCAGCUUUGCGGCCUCUGAUUCAGAGCAUCGACUCUCAGAUUCACGAGACUCUCCUCGACUCUCUCAACAUCUUCGCCUUUCCUUCCCCUGACUCGCCCUCCUCCUCCUCCUCCUCCUCCCGCCCCUACCAGCUCCCUCCUGGAUACAUCGCUCAGCCCUUCUCCUUCGACCUCUCCGAGCCUCACUUCUUCCCUUCCGGCAGCUUGUACCACGGAAUUAUCUCAGUGGAUCAGACGUUGCCGACGACCAUCCCAAAGGAAGGCGCCGUUGGCCGCAAGGGUCGGCCGGCGACUUUCUUUCGGUCACCACUGGACGGCGACAUCGUCAAGGGCCCGGACGUCGCCUUUGACUUCAUCGUUCACAACUUCCACGUAUGGAACCCUGACGGCUCUGAGCCGGAGGGCCUCAAGAAGGGCUUCGUCCAGAUGUCCGUCAACGGUAGGGAGGUAGUGAUGAGAUGCGGUCAGAGAAUGUGCGGAGUGAAGUUGAUGGACGUGGAGGAUGGGAACUAUCGAGCAUCCCUUGCCAUGUUCGACCAGUCCGGCGAACUUGUAGGGGAGGAGGUGGAGAUUGGCUUCACUGUGUGCAUGGGGCAGUAUGAUUGCAGUCCAGGUACAUGCGAGUGUGUCAAGUGA